CAAAACGAUGACGUUAAUGACAUCACGAUACAAAGAGGUAACGUUAAUGAUAUCACGAUACAAAACGAUAACGUUAAUGAUAUCACGAUACAAAACGGUGACGUUAAUGAUAUCACGAUACAAAAUGAUAACGUUAAUGAUAUCAUGAUACAAAACGGUGACGUUAAUAUCAUGAUACAAAACGAUGACGUUAAUGACAUCACGAUACAAAGAGGUAACGUUAAUGAUAUCACGAUACAAAACGAUAACGUUAAUGAUAUCACGAUACAAAACGGUGACGUUAAUGAUAUCACGAUACAAAAUGAUAACGUUAAUGAUAUCAUGAUACAAAACGAUGACCCCAAC